UUUGAUGGAUUGCCCGAAAGGGCUCGAAUGGCGUGGAAUUCGAUGGUGGCAGGCUACUUGAAGAUCGAAUGUUGGGGAGAUGUCAUGACGCUAUUCGUUGAAAUGUUAAAAUUGGGUUUUGGGUUUGAUGAGGUUACUUUGAUUAGUGUUUUGACAGCAUGUGGGAGACUGGCCAAUUUGGAGCUGGGAGAGUGGAUUGGUGAGUAUAUAGAAGCAAAUGGGCUGAAGGGUAACAUUGUAUUAGUCACUUCUCUGGUUGAUAUGUAUGCAAAAUGUGGUCAGGUAGAUACUGCAAGACAAUUAUUUGAUCGAAUGGAUCGAAGAUAUAAUGUUGCGUGGAGUGCCAUGAUUUCAGGUUAUAGCCAAGCAGAUAGGUGCAGGGAGGCGCUUGGUCUGUUUCAUGACAUGCAGAAGGCAAAUGUGGAUCCCAAUGAGGUGACCUUGGUCAGUGUGCUUUCGUCCUGUGCUGUCCUCGGAGCUUUGGAAACUGGAAAAUGGGUUGAGUUUUAUAUAAUGAAGAAGAAAAUGAAGCUCACAGUUACCCUUGGAACUACACUAAUAGAUUUCUAUGCAAAAUGUGGGUGCGUUGAUAGUUCAAUUGAAGUAUUUAACAGGAUGCCUUUGGUAAACCUUAUCUCUUGGACAGUGCUAAUUCAAGGUCUUGCUAGUAAUGGACAGGGCAUGAGAGCGCUUGAAUACUUCCAAUUGAUGCAGGAGAAGAAUAUCAAGCCAAAUUAUGUGACUUUCAUUGCCGUUCCUUCUGCCUGUGGCCACGCAGGUCUGGUUGAUGAGGGUCGAAAUCUUUUUACCCGCAUGAGUAGAGAUUUCGGAAUUGAACCGAGGAUAGAGCACUAUGGUUCUAUGGUUGAUAUCUUGGGUCGAGCUGGUUUGAUUGAAGAGGCAUAUCAGUUCAUCAAGAAUAUGCCUAUCCAACCAAAUGUUGUGGUUUGGAGGACAUUGAUGGCUUCAUGCAGAACACAGAAGAAUGUCGAAAUUGGUGAGGAAUCGUUGAAACGCAUAACGAGAUUCGAGACCCCUCAUAGCAGGGAUUACAUUCUGCUCUCAAACAUUUAUGCAUCGGUAGGCAGGACUGAGGUUCUUCGCUGAAGACAAUGCAUG